GGUUAGCCGCGCCCCUAUAGUGUGGCCGCGCCCCUUUGCGGUUUAGACCACGCCCCAGGAAGACAUGCUGGCGAGUCUAGGAGAGGCUGGAGCGGGAUAACCUACUGCUGGGGGGGAUCAUACUAGCAGCCACAUCUCGGCCCCCGUCAGUCACCUCCAUCAAGAGUCACUACUGCAGGAGGAGCAGCAUGUGAAGACCACGGGGAUUCUGGGUAAGAAGAGAUAACAGACCGUCAGAGCCGAUGUGCCCAUAUUGUCAUUCUUCUCUCUCCUGUCCAUCCUUACAGUAAUGGCCGCCAGACGUGCCCUCCGUUUCUGAUCUUACCCAUUGACCAACCAGGGCAUUAUCACCAUGGGCAGCCCCACCGACACAGAAGAGGUGCACGUAGCUGUGAUCCGCCCCAAAAAUGCUGGUAGCCUCAAUUCGCGGGAAUAUCGUGCAAAACUGUACGAGAUCUUAAUGAUUGAGGUGCCUAUAGAAGGGCAAAAGAAAAAACGGAGGAAAGUUUUGCUGGAAACCUGUCUACAGGGGGAGAAAGACAAGUCCCAGGAGAUACUGGACUAUGUGCUGGAAGCCACCAAGCAAAGCUCUCCUUCAAAUCAAGGGGUGAAAGGCAAAAGAGUUGUGUUUAUGAACACAUUUCCUCUUGAAGGUGACAAGGCCGGUAAAGAAGCCACCCUGUUCCUGGUCCCAACCUCUGUCAAAGAUAAUUCUAAGACCAACUACAACCCUGGGAGUCCUGUGUUCUACUGCCUGCAGGAUAUCAUGAGAGUGUGCAGCGAGAGCAGCAACCAAUUAUCUACAGUUACAGCACGCAUGCUCAUUGCUCUGGAUAAGUGGCUCAAUGAACAACACACCAAGUCUCACGCUAUUUCCGCACUGUUCCGUCCAUCUCCUCUAGAUAGGAUUAAGACCAACGUGACAAACCCAGCAUAUUCUACAGAGGCGGGGCAGACCGAAGAUUCACUGCACAUGGGAUACACCGCCUUGGAAAUCAAGAGCAAAAUGAUGGCUCUGGAGAAAGCAGAUGUGUGCAUUUACAACCCCCUGUUUGGAUCAGAUCUGCAGUAUACCAACAGGGUUGAUAAAGUGGUGAUUAACCCAUAUUUUGGGCUGGGUGCCCCCGACUACUCCAAGAUCCAGAUUCCAAAAAGAGACAAGUGGCAGAGGAGCAUGAGCAGCGUCAUGGAAGACAAAGAGCGCCAGUGGGUGGACGACUUCCCUCUGCACCGCAGCGCCUGUGAGGGGGACACCGGGCUGCUCAGCAAACUACUAGAUGAAGGAUUUUCUGUCAACCAACUGGACAAUGACCAAUGGGCACCAAUACAUUAUGCAUGCUGGUACGGGAAGGUGGAGGCCACCAGCAUGUUACUGGACAAAGGAAAAUGCAACCCGAACUUACUGAACGGACAGCUGAGCUCACCGCUGCACUUUGCUGCUGGAGGCGGCCAUGCUGAAAUAGUACAAAUCCUCCUCAAUCACCCAGAGACGGACAGGCAUAUAACAGACCAACAAGGAAGGACGCCCCUGGAUAUUUGUGAAGAGAAUAAGCAGAGUAAAUGGGAGGAGACGGCGGAGCUGCUGAAGAAUUCCUUGAAUAAACAGUAUGAAAAGGUGCGCAUCUACCGAAUGGACAGCUCAUACCGCUCCGUGGAGCUGAAACAUGGCAAUAACACAACAGUGCAGCAGAUCAUGGAGGGGAUGCGCCUGUCCCAGGAGACUCAGCAGUUUUUUGCUAUCUGGAUCUGCUCAGAGAAUAUCAGCCUGCAGCUAAAGCCAUUUCACAAGCCCUUGCAGCACAUCAGAGACUGGAACGAGAUAGUGACUGACCUAACCAACCUGGACCCCCAGAGAGAGACUCCGCAGCUCUUCCUUCGCAGGGAUGUCAAGUUACCACUGGACGUAGAGCAAAAGAUUGAAGAUCCUCUUUCUAUACUGAUCCUUUUCGACGAAGCCCGAUACAGCCUCCUGAAAGGUUUCUACCCAGCAGCAGACGUGAAGCUGAUCACACUUGCCAGCCUCCUCCUGCAGAUCGUGUACGGGAACUACGAGAGCAAGAAGCAUAAGCAAGGAUUCAUGAAUGAAGAAAAUUUAAAGUCUAUUGUACCGAUCACCAAGGUGAAGAGUAAAGCCCCUCAUUGGACAAACCGAAUCCUCCAUGAGUAUAAGAUUUUGAGUACGAGUGAAGGGGUGAGCAAAGAAAUGCACCAUCUACAGCGGAUGUUUCUUCAGAACUGCUGGGAUAUACCCACCUAUGGAGCAGCGUUCUUCACAGGACAGAUAUUCACGAAGGCCACGUCCAGCAGUCACAAGGUCAUACGGGUGUAUGUGGGCAUCAAUACUAAAGGGCUGCACCUUCUCAACCUGGAGACCAAGGCUCUUUUAAUAAGUUUAAAGUUUGGCAGCUUUAAGUGGCAGCUGGGAGACGGGGACACCUGUUUCCAGAUCCACAGUAUGGAGAACAGAAUGAGCUUUGUCGUCCACACAAAACAGGCCGGCCUAGUAGUGAAGCUCCUGAUGAAACUUAGUGGUCAGCUAGUGCCUGGAGAGAACACCACGACAGAGCGAUACGGUUAUGGAUAGCGGCUACACCGUGUCUCCAGACCGCGCCCCACCGCGGCUUCUCUGUGAAUUCAUUGGAUGAUGCCCCGGCCACAGACCGCUGCUCACUCAUCUGCUCCUUUUUAUAUGUAUUUUUUUACUCGUUUUUUUGAUCCAAAAUAGAAAUAUAGAAAUGCUGUAAAAAAAAAAUAAAAAUCUUCAUA